AUGAAACCAACUGUGACAAAUGACAUUCCAACCCCAACCCACUGCUUCGGUGACAGAGUCUGCUUUCAUCUAAACUAUGUAAUUCGUAGUUAUUAUAUGGCCACGAGGUACACUAGAUCUACUCGACUGAAGCAUUUGUUUAUUGAGAUAUUUGAAAAUUCAAGUGAUGUGAUAAGUGUAAUUGAAGAAGAUAACUUUGGUGUCACGUGA